AUGUCUCCUUUAACUCCCACUUCUGCAGAGAUCCUCGACGAUCAUCUCUCCUACCCAACACUACAGCUCGCUUCAUCCACACUUGAAGUGAAGCAAGUGCCGCCCCAGCCUCGACAAAUUCUGCAAGAUCGGUUGUACAUUGGGAAUUUGCAUCCUUCAGUCGACGAAUAUUCACUUCUCCAAGUCUUCUCAAAGUUCGGUAAAGUCACCAAGAUGGACUUCCUCUUCCACAAGACCGGCGCACUCAAAGGCAAACCGAGGGGCUACGCUUUCGUCGAGUAUGCCGAUAAAUCUGAGGCUCUGAAAGCCCAGCGGAUGGCACACGAUAAGCUCCUACGCGGUCGAAAACUUGUCGUAACAUUCGCUCAGCAAGCGCCCCUUGAUCAAGCAGGACAGCCCUAUGCGUCUGGGAGUCAUUCAAGGAGAGGCAUGUCGGAUGUCGGCAAGCCCACUACCCUCAGCUUGAUAAAAACUGGCGGUGGAUCGCGGAAUGCAGGAACCGAGGGCAAGAUAGCCAUGAUGGAAGCCAAACUUCGGGAAAUGGAGGCCGCUAAAGCCGUGCCUAGCGCUUCCUCGCUGCCUUCUCAUCCGUCUCUCCCUGCGAAGCCAGUGGCAGCGAUGGCCUCGUUAUCAUCCCGCCCUACAGAUAACUCCAACACAAAUUAUAAGUCCAAGCCACAGCGACCGAAGACAGUGUUACCAUCACUGCCGAUGGCGCCGCCUCGUCUCUCGCCGACUUCUUUAUCCUCCCAACCAACUGCUUCGACUUUAGUCACAAAUACUACUCCACGCACGCACGAUAAGAAGCCGACGGCUGGAUUCCUUGGUGUAAAGAUUGUCAAGAGAACAAAAUAG